UAUGGCCGGUCUGUCUCGUGACUGGGGUAAUAGUAUGCCUGGUUUGUUUUCAAUGACAGCCAUAAUCUGACAAGGACAACCAUGUUUGUGACCAGCACAGUUCUGCGAGGUUGCACCGCUGUUAUUUUGGUAGUAGCUGUCUCAACUGUCUCUACACACAGGCUUGGGCCUCCGCAAAAAGAGGAAUGUGUAACAGGGAAAUACCCCCCUCCACAGACAGCUGAGUACCAGGUCCCAAAGUAUGUUGUCAACCUAGAUCUUCCUGCUGCUGACAGGUGGACACAUAUAGUGAAAGAGAGAGCAAAGUCUAUUGUAAACCUUUUGCAGAAGUUCAAGGAUUUUGUGAAAGCUUUGGAUGCUAAACUUGCAGAAAAGAUUUUUGAUUAUGUGGACCAUAACUUGGGGAAUUUAACCAACACACUUCCACAGCCAUAUGCUGAUGAGAUCAAGGGAAUAGCCAAGGCUACAGAAAUACCACUUGGGGAGGUCCUGCUGUACAACAUAUUUUAUGAAAUCUUCACAGUGUGUACAUCCAUUGUUGCUGAGGACCCUGCAGGAAAGCUGUAUCAUGCCAGAAAUCUGGACUUUGGUCUGUUUAUGGGAUGGGAUUUUAAAAACCACACUUGGGUGAUAACAGAGGCACUGCGGCCAAUGAUAAUGAAUAUAGAGUUCCAGAUGAAAGGACAAGUUGUCUACAAGGCUGUCACAUAUGCUGGCUUCAUUGGAGCUAUUACAGGAAUGAUACCUGGUGUCUUAACAAUGUCAAUGAACGAGCGCUUUAACCUGGAUGGGGGCUAUCUUGGCAUCAUUGAGUGGUUGCUAGGUGACCACAAUGGAAAGUGGAUGAGCUUUCUGACCAGGGAUGUGUUAAUGUACUCCACCAGUUAUCAGCAAGCCAAGGAGACCUUGUCCAAAGAUGAACUCCUAGCUCCAGGUUACUAUAUUCUUGGUGGUAAUUCUUCUGGACAGGGUUGUGUGAUUACAAGAAGCAGAGAAAAAUCCCUGGAUAUCUGGGAAUUGAACCCUGGGAAGGGCGUGUGGUAUCUCCUGGAAACAAACUACGACCACUGGAAGGCGCCACUGUUUGUAGAUGACAGACGUACUCCGGGAAUGAGGUGUAUGAAUCAGACCACACAACAGAAUGUUGGUUUUGCUGGAAUUUUUAAUGUCUUGUCAACCAAGCCAGUCCUCAACAAGCUGACCACAUACACAGCACUGAUGCAGGUCAAUGCAGGGAAACUGGAGACAUACAAACAACACUGUGAUGACCCAUGCUGGCCAUGGUAACUGGUCGUCAUGGUUACAUGUUGUCAUGGUUACAUGCUGGACAUAUUUUAUGUGUGGUUUGUGAUGAUAUAUUGGUUUUAUUUACUGUCUUGGUUAAUUCAAAGACAAAGCCAGGACAGUACACAUAUUGAUUUGAAACUAAUAUUUUUGUUAAUAAGAUUUUAACAUAACAUUAUAUGAAGUGGGAGGUAAGGAUGUUUGUUAUCUAAAAGGCAUCGAGAUUUUUGUGAAAUUUAUCAUAUAAGAAUUUAUUCUUCUUUUUAACUGAUAUUCAAGCUUGAAAGCAGUGCCUUUCCAUUUUAAGAUGAUGUACUCUUCUGAACAAUACUACUUAUUGUUGUAACUGAUCUUCCUUGGAUAAUAUAUAUGUUUGUAAAGUGUAUAUUUUUUGUUUUAAAUUCAGCUUAUGAAACAUUAACUUUGUUGUGAAAUAUCUGUGUUUUAUAUAUCUUUAUAUAUAAUGGUGCUCAAAUGCAGUUCCUCUUCCCAGUCAGCAUUCUAGUUCUAAGAUUUUUUUAAAGAACUAAAUGCAACAUGUAGAGUAAAAGUUGUGAUAAUUAUUUGUGUUGUAAUGAAUAAUGAAGGAAUAAAAUUCUAUCUGAAUUUUUUGUAAAA